AUGCUGGCUGGAGAUGCUGAUAUUCAUGCUGGAGCAGGCACCAUACACAUUCGGUCACACAUCCCAGCGCCCGAGGAAGCCGACGAAUGGCUGAGUCUUACGCCUCCAUCCGAUUCCUCCAUUCCAAGCAGCUAUAAUUCGAUAAAUGGGAAAAGGCAAAGUACUGCUAAGGUUGUUUCUGUGGCCAGUAUUCUCAAUGCUGGUGCCUCAAACGCGAUGUCUAUAAGUCACCAGGUGACAACUGCCGUUGGAAUCACAGCAACAACAACAGAGGAAAAAAUAGCACACCAUGGCACUUUUGCACUCAUACUAGCAUGGAGCUGUACAGCAGUUUAUGUCAGCUCUCGUUGUCCUCAACUAUACAAGAACUACAAGAGGAAGUCAGUGGAGGGCGUAUCGCCACUUCUUUUCGGCGCAGCACUUUUCGGCAAUUUGGCAUACACCAUUUCUGUCCUUACAAGCUGUGAAUUCUUGUUGUCGUCAGACAAAACCACCUACUUUUGGCAUCAGCUUCCUUAUCUCAUAGGCAGUUCCGGCACCAUAGUAUUCGAUUUCGCAUACUUCUACCAAAGGCACAUCUACCGUAACUCCCACCAGUACAGCACCGUGGUGGGACUUGAACCUUGGGAUAAUAUAGAGGGAGGCCAUAAUAAUGCCUGA